AUGGUCGCGGAAGAGCAGGAGCGACGACGGCAGCAGCAGCAGCAAGCAAGCAACGGCAGAAAGUGUCGUCCAGCGUCAAUUUGUCUGGGAAUCAGUCGUGCCUUCCAUCCGCUCUCCACCAUCCACAGCGACCCGAAACCAAAGGCGCUGCUGGACGCGAGUCACCAACGCAACACCAACCAGCAAGCACCGGCAGCGGGAACACUCCACUCUCACACAGUCAGAAUCCCGAUCCCAACCCCAGGCUCCCCCCUCUCUCACUCUUGUGGUAUUCUCUUUCUCACCCUCUCCCUCUCACUCACUCUCACACACGGCACACCCAUCAAAUCACACAUACCUACUAGGGGUAUCCGUACCAUUCGUACAUACACUAUUACUCACUUACUCACACAUCCCGACCUCACACUCCGCGGUUUUCUGGCUCGCGCGCUAGGUACUCUCGUACUACUGAGAUCCCUCGUCUUGUUCCUCCCCUCGUCUUUUAGUCCCGUCCACCCCCCGGAAGUACCUGACCUUGCCAACCUUUCGAACUUCUUCCGUCUUGUCUCUCGACCCUCUGUCCAUCCAACACUUUUUGACUUCACAUCGCCUCACAAUACCUACUUCAUCUUGCGUCCCGCCUGCGUCUUGCCUCAGCACUUUGCCUUUCUGCUAGCGACUCUUCCGACGACUAUUUCGACUUCCCGACAACGAAAUCUGCGAACCAACCUCCUCCCUCGCACUACAACGAUCCAACUUCUCGUCCAAACCUUCGCUCUUCACCCAACCCAAAUCUACACCUACACUACGCAAUCGAACCGCUCCUAUCAUGAUGGCAAUCUAAAGCCCGAACCGUCGUUGCGAUCUUUUUCCUCGGCCGCCGUGCGAGCCCCGUUCUUCGUUCUCCCACGCCCCUCAUUAUGUCGAGUCGCCGACUGGGACUUUCACGACCAGUCGAACCUGAGCGCUUUCACGAAUACUAUGGACCCACAACAGCCUCUUCCUCAUCAGAGGAACUCUCACAACCCUCAUCUGCUGGCCCUUGUGCCGCCCACUUCCAAUGCCCUACCCUUGAGGUCUUCCGCUAGCACGCCAAUGACCUCUCCGGGACUUUUCAGUCCCUCAAACCCGCGUCCGAAAAUGAACUUUCCGAUCCAUGCCUCGUCCGACUCAAACACUCCGAACGUCGAGACCAGCAGUCCCUACCUUCACCCGCUCCAGAACCACAAAGUCAGAGAGACACAUAAAGCCUUGAUUGACUCCGACAGCAUUACCGGCCGCAAGCUCAUCAACCAGUAUGAAGUCAUCGAAGAAAUUGGCAGAGGUGUGCACGGAAAGGUCAAACUUGCCCGAAAUCUCGAGACGGGCGACAAUGUGGCUAUCAAGAUCAUUCCACGGUACUCUAAGAGACGACGACUCGGCAAGGUCAUGGCCAUGUCCCCGCAGGAAAAGACGAUGAGAGAGAUCGCCAUCCUCAAGAAGAUGAGGCAUCCCAACGUCGUCUCGCUGCUGGAGAUUAUCGACGAUCCGGAAUUGAAAAAGAUCUACCUGAUUCUCGAACACGUGGAGCUAGGCGAGGUUGUCUGGAGAAAAAAGGGAUUACCGCACAUCUGCCACCACGAGCGUCGUCGCAUCGAGAGAGAAAGCAGAGGUCAGCCGCUGACCCCAGAGGAGGAGCAUUACGAAAAGAUAAUGGAGGAGAAGUACAAGAUCCGGGAGCAAAAGCGGGAAAAGAUGUCUCGAGCCAACAUGAACACCCAUGAGUUUUGGAGUAUCGAGCACGGUAUUUCUGACGACGCGAGUUGUGGAUCGCAAUCCCGCGUCCCCUCAAGGGACGAUCUAGGAGCAUUGGACUUUUUCGGAGGCGAAGGGUCACAACCCAAUUCGCUGCAGGCAUCCCGGGCUACAUCUCGAGCGCCAUCGCGGUCUCAGUCUGUGAAGUCAAUUCGCGACACCGUUUUUGACCAGGAAGCCAUCGACGACACUGAGGACAUCGAGACGCCAGGCCCGCUACAGACCAGCAACCCAGGCUCAGCUACCGCACUCGAUGGCACUAUGUAUGGCGCUUACAUGGAAGACGCGGCCUUUCGAGGUCGUUCACCCAGCAUGGCCGAUUCCAUCAUUUCGCACAUGUCCUCGGUCGACUGGAACACUCGGAUGCACGACCCUUUCGCUGAAGACUUUUCCUACGUUCCUUGCUUUACCAUCGACCAGGCAAGAACGACUUUCCGAGACACUGUCUUAGGCCUGGAGUACCUGCAUUACCAAGGUGUCGUACACAGGGAUAUCAAGCCUGCUAAUCUACUGUGGACCAAAGAUCACCGCGUCAAGAUCUCCGACUUCGGUGUUUCGUACUUUGGCCGUCCUAUCCGAGAAGGCGAGGCCGACGAUGAGACGGUCUCAGAAUCUGAAGCACAAGAUUUCGACGAUGAUCUUGAGUUGGCCAAGACAGUUGGCACCCCAGCAUUCUUUGCACCUGAACUGUGCUACACCGACGCGGACCGCAUGGAACAACCGAAAAUUUCCGAAAUGAUCGAUAUUUGGUCACUUGGCGUAACCCUCUACUGCCUCAUCUACGGACGUAUUCCUUUCCAGGCCGAAGAUGAGUGGCAGAUGUUUCGAAAAAUUGCCACUGAGGAUGUCUUCAUUCCCCAAAAACGCCUCAGGGCAGUGGACCCUUCUACCCCUCCUAACUCUGAAUCUCUCUUUAAGCGGCAUAACGGACCUCCCUACAGGGACGACAACGAACUUGCCUACGAGAACAUCGACCCCAUUUUGCAGGACCUUCUGCGAAACAUGUUUACUAAAAACCCGGACAAGCGAAUUCGUCUGAAGGAUAUCAAGACCCAUGCCUGGGUUGCGAAAGGAAUUCCAGAUGUGGAAGCGUGGUUGGCUGAGACUGACCCAGCCAAGACUUCGGGCAGGCGAGUCCAGGUUAACGACAAGGAGGCGGCCCGCGCUGUCGUGCCUAUUGCCUUCUUGGAACGCGCACGAUCUACCGUGAAAAAAGCAGUUGGGAAGUUGAUGCACCCUUUAGGGGAUCGAAGCGAUAGCCGGUCAAGGCGGAGAGCUGCCAGCAGUGCUGCCAGCUCGGCUGGAGACAGCAUGUUCAAUGUACCGCCCACGCCACACUCGAGAGAAGCACGUAGAAAGAGUCUCAAGAGCGAAGACUAUUUUUCCAACGUCAAAGACUUUGCUUUUGGUGGCUCCGACCAUCCUCUUGUCCACAGCGAGACAGUCUCUCCCUAUGAGUCUCCCUACGACCCUCUCGCUACGGCUAUCGCUCAACCCGUCAAGGGCCAAGGAGCUGCCCUUUUACAUGCCAUUCAGAACAGCUACAGCGACUCGAGGACGAAUAGUGGCACGGCAUCGCCUUCAGAUCAGUCAACAAUUCCUGGGACAGCGUCAUUUUACAAGCCUUUUCAGAGAUACUCGCAAAGCCCAUCGAAUGGCAAUAGCUUUUUGACGCUUACAGCUGGAUUACCCGAGGUCAGGACACAACCUCCUACACCUUUUUCCGGUGACUCCACACUGGACGAUCCGUCCAAGGAAAUGCGGCAAACACGUGGAUACGACGCCUUGACAGAGGAAGCUCUCCGUGCACGCUCAGCAGAGCGUGGCGUGUUCAGAGACCAAGAUAAGCGCGCCCCUGCACAAGUGAGCGCCACCACCGCGAGUGUACCUGGUACCCUUCAUAGGAUGCCUAGCCUUCCUGGCAAGCCUCGAGCUAUGCGAUCGGUGGACUUGGGUAAGGCGAAGCAGGCCACCAGCGCCUUAGCUUCACCACUGUUCUUUUCGUCUCGGUCUGUCACCGGCUACCAGCAUGGCCAGCCACAAUCGGACUCAAACAUCUACGAGACUCAGCGCCUCACGGCCGACCUAGAGGAGAGACCGCAGACAGCACACAGGAUCGAAAGUGUGCGGGAUAUACCGGAGGCAAGAACGCCACCACCGCGCACAUACAAUACGUCAACUCCCGAGUCGUUCGCCCGCGCAAAAAGCGAGAUGCAGCGCAAGCAAAUCGCAGAAAGUCUUAUUCAACAAGCUCCGGACGACGUCAGGUCAGAUAUUGCCGUGGUCGAUCCAACCGAAGUACCCUGCCCUCUCUCGCCCGAUGACGAGCGAUUUGGCACGCCGCCACCUCCAUCUCGUGAGGACACGAUGGAGACUGAAAAGUCCUCCCGCUCGACAUCCAUCGGUGGCCUGGCUUCUCCUAUUACGAAUCCCAGCGAAGUAGCCAGUCCCGUCUCGUCUGUCAACCACCACACGAAAGAGGAGAUGCUUGCCUUCCAAUCUGAUCCGUCGCUUCCCGCUCUUCUCAGCGGUGCCAGCUCGGUAUCCGAUGCUGAGCCCGUGGAGCCUGCUGUUAUCAACAAGCCUGGUUUACUCGAAACAACAGAUUCCCUGACACCUCCAGCAUACCUUAAGGAGCCCAUGGCCGGAUUUCCAUUGGAACAAUUCGAGCAACAAGGACGAUUCGAGACACACAAUGCGUCAUUUAAUGCCGGCCCGAUCCCGCUUCGCAUCACACGCAGCCCAGUCUACAGAAGCCCGCCUCUCAUCCACCACAGUCCCGAUAUGCGUCCACAAGAGGACGAUGAUGACGAUAGUGAUAGUGAUGAGGGCCUUUUGAUGGCGAAGACCAAGAAGAAAUCUACAACCAACACUCACAGACAGCCAAGAAAGUUGCCAUUGGCGAAGAGGUCAUCACCUGCGCCGACUGACUUUAACGUGCUUGGCACGCGACUACCUGCCUGGCUCGCGCUCAUAACUAUAAGCACCCAACUCGACUCAUACAUUUUCCAACCUGUACAAUGGAUUCGGGAUGGUCUUUUUUGGCACAACAUUCAUACACAAUCGGUGGACUUUUUGAGUUUUCCGCCCGCAUUGCACAUCUCCUGCUGGCGCAUUUCUGCUGCCAGUUUCGAUUCGAGCGCGCUUCCUUUCCAUAUAGAGAAGAAUUGCAAUGAGCAGACUCGGACGACGACAUGCGGCUACGAAUGGAGGAGAAAUGACGGAGGGGACUACGAAGGGAGGCAGGUUGGGGGAAAUCUGCCAUCAGGGGAGGCUUUUGGGUUAUGGGACAGAGGAGGAUGCAUCGACGAUUAG